AACAAACAGCAAAGUGAAGGUACGCCUGAGUGAUUUUGCUCGAAAAUAUCAAACAGUUUUACUUUUAGAAAAUUGGCUAAAUCUCAACACAAUUUUAUACUCCAAAAGCGAUCAGAAACAUUGCGGAAUGAUGAAGAGAUUGAUUUUGUUGGUGCUUAUUCUUUCUUUGUGUCAAGGUUUUCCAUCGCAUUCUGAGAAAUCUAAUUCUAAAGAUUCAGCUGAAGCUAAAUCACAAGGGCGCCAAUAUGUUUCACAAGCGGCUCAACAGCCUGUACAAGGAACUACAGGUAACCAACAAGCUUAUGGUCCAUCAGGAUUUGAUACUCAGAAUGGUCAACAACAAUAUGGUCAUCAACAGUAUGAUCAACAACAGUAUGGUCAACAACAGUAUGGUCAACAACCUCAACAAACGGCUGGACAACAAAUAACCCCUGGUUCUGCCAACAAAGGACAUACUGGUGUACUAUAUUCUCAUCGUCCAAUACCCGAUCACGACAAAGAUAUAAAUCCCCCAGAAGAUAAAAAAGGAAAGAAACACAAGAAAAAGUUUUCAAAAAGCAAAAAACACGAAGAUGAUAAAAAAAAUGAUGAUAAAGAUGAUGAAGAGUAAUAAAGUUAUGGUAAUAACUCACCCCAGACCCAGUCUUUUUCCCAUCAGCGCGGCAAAUUUGCACAUCUGCAAAUAAAUAUAUGUUAUUUACCGUUUUGAGACCAAGGGAAAUAUUUCCCUAUACGGACUGACUAAA